AUGGUAAAUGGGGAAAUGACUAGUACUAUGAAAGCUAAGAGAGGCCUGAGGCAGGGGGACCCUAUGUCCCUCUAUAUAUUUGUGCUUCUAAUGGAGUAUCUAAAUAGGUGUUUGAGUGGGCUGCAAAAUGAACCAGAGUUUAAUUUUCAUCCUAGAUGCCAAAAGUUGGGCAUAACACAUCCGUGCUUUGCAAAUGAUUUGCUCUUGUUUGCUAGAGGAGAUCUCAAGUCUGUCAUGCUUCUGAGGGACAUAUUUGGUAUGUUUUCUGAGGCUUCUGGGCUGAAAAAAAUAUGGCCAAAAGCCAGAAGUUAUUUGUGGUCUGGGGAGGCUGUCAUCACUAAGAAAGCCAUGGUGGCAUGGGACAAAAUCUGUCUUCCAAAGAAAGCAGGUGGUUUGAACUUAUUAAAUCUCAGAAUUUGGAAUCAGGUGGCAAUUUGCAAAUCCCAAAACAGGUUAUUGCAAUGGCUGAAAUGGGAUAGGCAGAUUCAAAGUUGGGACCUGGAAUGGCAAUGGGUGAAAAAGAUGUCCAGAGGAAAGCACCCUAAAAGAGCACUGUUGAAGGCAAGCUUGGCUAAUGUGGUGUAUGGCGCAUGGAUUGAGUGA